CAGGAACAAAGUUCAGGAAUCUUGAACUUUGGCAAAUCCAUUGCCUAUCUUUAGUUACGGGACUGCAUACUUUGACUAAAUAAUGUAUGCAUAUAUUCUAUAUACUCUACUUGCAGGUUUGGCAAUUCUGCCAUUGUUGCUGUAUAUACGGAAUCCAUAUGUUUUGCAGGACCUGAGUUAUGCAGUCACUGCAGUUCAAAUUGGGUUUCGACUGGCCAAAUACGGCAGGAGAAAACCGCUCUACAGCGUUUUGGACUCUUUCCUCGACAAAGUUGCGAGGCACCCACACAAGCCGUUCAUCAUUUUCGAGAAGAGCUCCUACACUUACAGAGAGGCUGAUCAGGAGAGCAACAGGUUAGCCCGGGCACUGUCCACGCAUGCCAAGCUGAAGGAGGGAGACACCGUGGCUCUGUUCCUGGGCAACGAGCCUCUGUAUGUGUGGAGCUGGCUCGCUCUGGCCAAGCUGGGAUGCACGGCUGCUCUCCUCAACUGCAACAUCAGAUCCAAAUCCUUGCUGCACUGUUUCUCCUGCUGUGAGGCAAAGGCUCUUGUGGUUGGUGCUGAUUUACGGAGUGCUGUGGAGGAGGUGCUGCCUUCCUUGCGACAGCAAGGGGUCCGUGUGUUUAUCUUCAGUGAGGAGUGUGACACUGAGGGCAUCGAAAGUCUCUGUGACAAGAUCCAGCAAGCCUCAGACCAACCUCUGUCACCUCACCUGAGGGCCAACACUAACCUGAAGAGCCCUGCCGUGUAUAUCUACACCUCUGGAACCACAGGGCUUCCCAAGGCAGCUGUCAUUAACCAAGAGAGGGUAUGGAUGGCAACCUUUCUUCAAUCUGUUGCCGGCGUACGCUCAGACGAUAUCCUCUAUUUGUACUUGCCCCUCUAUCACAGUGCUGGCUUUCUGAUGGGACUUUGUGGAGGCAUAGAGAAAGGUAUCACAAUUAUUUUGAGGCGUAAAUUCUCUGCCUCCAACUUCUGGGACGAUUGUAGAAAGCACAAUGUGACUGUUUUUCAGUACAUAGGAGAGAUUAUGCGCUACCUCUGCAGCACACCAAAGAAAGACAAUGAGAGAGAUCAUAAAGUGCGACUGGGUAUAGGGAACGGGAUAAGAUCUGACACCUGGGCUGAGUUUCUGCAGCGUUUUGGGUACAUUCGUAUUUGUGAAUGCUAUGGAGCUACAGAAGGAAAUAUUGGCUUUGUCAACUAUGUCGGGAAGGUCGGAGCUAUUGGCAAAGAGCAUUUUCUCCACAAAGCUGCAAGUCCAUAUGCACUCAUAAGGUACGACACUGAGAAAGAGGAAGCAGUCAGAGACUCCAGAGGAUUUUGUAUCCAAGUCCCCAGAGGAGAGACAGGCUUGCUGGUUGCUAAGAUUGGAGUGAGGACACCGUUCGCUGGCUACGCCAAGAACAACCAGCAGACAGAGAAGAAGAGGCUGAGGGAUGUGUUUGUGAAAGGAGACAUCUACUUUAACAGUGGGGACCUGCUGAAGAUAGACCACGAGGGCUUUGUCUACUUUCAAGAUCGUAUUGGAGACACCUUCAGGUGGAAAGGAGAGAAUGUGGCAACAACUGAAGUGGCUGAUCACUUGAUCAUGGUAGACUGCAUUGAAGAAGCUAAUGUCUAUGGUGUGAAGGUUCCAGGACAUGAGGGAAGAACUGGCAUGGCAGCCAUCAAGCUGAAAGAAGGCGUGGACUUUGAUGGCCAAGCUACAUACCAGCAUGUCAAAAAUUACCUCCCCAGCUAUGCAAGGCCCCGCUUUAUUCGCAUACAGAGCUCAGUGGAGGUGACAGGUACGUUUAAGCAAAUGAAGGGGAGGCUUGCAGAGGAGGGCUUCGACCCAGCCGUCAUCACAGAGCGCUUGCUCUACCUGGACGAUGCUAAGGGCUACAUCCCCAUGACCCAGGAGAUAUUCAGCGCCAUCACAGAGGGAAGGAUCAGACUCUGAAUGAAAUGCAUGAAGUUUGUGUUUAUUGUUGCAAAAGUUGUUUAAGAUUUAUCUACAUAAAAUGGUACAACUGAUUUUAGGUUUUAUAUGAUACAUGGUGUAUUGUCUUGAACCUGUGCUUUGAG